AUGUCGGCACCCAACAUCCUCAACGCCAUUUCUCGGUGGGCUGUACCGGUCUUCAUUGCCGCAUCUUUCGGCCAGGCGGCGAUCUAUGAUGUGAAGGGCGGAACAAGAGCGGUCAUCUUCGACAGAUUGUCUGGUGUCCAAGAGAAAGUCGUCAAUGAAGGCACACACUUCCUGAUCCCGUGGUUGCAAAAGGCCAUCAUCUACGAUGUACGAACGAAGCCGAGAAACAUCAGCACGACGACUGGAAGCAAGGAUCUGCAGAUGGUCAGUCUGACGCUGAGAGUUCUGCAUAGACCCGAGGUGCAGAGAUUACCCAAGAUCUACCAGUCGCUCGGUCAAGAUUAUGACGAAAGAGUCCUUCCCUCGAUCGGAAACGAAGUCCUGAAAGCCAUCGUGGCGCAAUUCGAUGCCGCAGAGCUCAUCACACAGAGAGAAGCCGUCUCGAAUAGAAUCCGAACCGACCUGUUGCGCCGAGCGCAGGAAUUCAACAUUGCGCUUGAAGACGUCUCCAUCACCCACAUGACCUUUGGUCGAGAGUUCACCCGGGCCGUCGAACAGAAGCAGAUCGCACAGCAAGACGCCGAACGAGCACGAUUCAUCGUCGAGAAGGCCGAACAAGAGCGACAGGCCAACGUCAUCCGCGCCGAAGGAGAAGCCGAGUCUGCGGACAUUAUCAGCAAGGCUGUGGCCAAGGCAGGCGACGGUCUCAUCCAGAUCCGACGAAUCGAAGCCAGCAAGGACAUUGCACAGACGCUGGCGUCGAACCCCAACGUGACGUACCUUCCAGGUGGCGGCGAAGGCGAAGGUGGAAGCAGCAAGGGCACCGGUCUUUUGCUCGGGCUGAGGACCUAG